AUGAUCAUCAUGAGAUCAUGCCCAUCGAGUUGUCGCUUGCAAGCUCAAUCGUCAGAUUCCAGUUCAUUGUUUGGUUGUUGGCUUCGAGUGUUUUUGAAUUUUCGAUUGAAUUUGGAUGAAUUUUUAGAAACGAAAAGCGAAUUGGAAGAGCACACUAGCAGCGAGCAUUCAGGUGGUCAUGUACGUACCACUCAGGAGCAAUGUCCUCUGUGCCCCAGUAAGUCCACACAGCUUCGUGUUCAUCUCGCUGAGGAGCACAAAAUAGCGGAAGAGGCAGUUGAACGGUUGCUGAUGAGUGUCGUUUCUUCAAACGCAUUACCUGAUUCCACUUCUGAUAAUAACGGUUCAUCCAAAGUGGCCGAUCGACACAUUUAUCGAUUCCGCUGUCAACAGUGCUCGUUAGCGUUCCGCAGUGAGCAGCGCUUGGCCAACCAUUCGUUGUAUCAUGCAUUCCGCGCGAAUAUGCGCUGUACGCAGUGUGAACGUAAUUUUCGAUCAGCUGAAUUAUUGCGUAAGCAUGUUGCUCAGGAACAUUCCAACAACAAAUCUGGUCUAAGUUUGCCAAGUACAAGUUCUUACAAUUACGACGCAACUGAGUUGAAUGAAGAAGAGUGUGCUGCUGAUACCGGUGAUAAUAAACACAAUGAAUUACUGAGGCCAUACAAGUGUGACUUAUGCAAGGAAAGCUUCACUCAAAAGCAGCUUCUUCUGACUCAUUACAACUCAAUAAAUCAUCUUCACAAAGCCAAGAAAAUACUCGAACAGCAACCGAAUAACUUGCAGCUAAAUGCACAGAUGCUAGCAGCGUUAGAUUCGUCGGUGAAUGCACAAAGUGGCAACAGUGCGCAUUCGUAUUCGAAUAGCUCAAAACCAUUCAAAUGCAACAUUUGUAAAUUGGGUUACGGACAAGGAUCCACGCUCGACAUACAUGUGAGGUCGGUUGCGCAUCAAUCACGUUUGUCGAAAAUUGCUGAACUGGUUGCCCAAGGAGAACUAGAUCCAGGAAAGCCCUUGCUUGAACAGCCUGGUGGGCCACCUCAAAAGACGAUUGCAGAACUCAUCCCAAAAGGUGAUCUCGAACAGAACGGCGUUGAUCAGCAUCAGCAACAGUCAGCACUAGCAAUGAUCAAUAUGUUCGGUGUUGCACAACUUCUGUCGAUGGCGUCAGCGAGUCAGCAAGGCACAUCCGCCACCAAUCAAAAUUCAACUGCAUUAGCCAGUCUAGCUGCAGGCUUUCCAUCCAGCAUCAUGCCUGCUGCAUUUGGUGCAUUUGGUAGAGCAUUUUCAUUAAUUCCCUUCGCUUUUAUCACCCUGUCUUCUAUGAGUGAAACCGUUUCUGAAGUAUAUUCUGCUGGGCAAUUGCCGAAUGUUGGGGAUCUGCGAACGGUAGGAUCAUCUCCAGUUCUCGAACGCCUUCCACAACAGCAGUCGGUCGAUGACGAGCGAACUCCUCGCACUGGUGCUGCAUUUCGUAAAAUGCUCGAGGCUUAUGAAUUAUUGGUUGGUUUAUUCCUCUCGGAAGCGUCACUGACUUCAAGCACAGACUUUUCAGGAUUCGACGUUGUGAAGCAAUUUAACGAGUGUGUCGAUGAUCAAAAACGACUAUUAGAAAAUGCUGUUUCUGAUGACGCGUUUUGUCGUACUCAGUGCACGCAGUGCAGUAAUUCUUUUAGCAGUAUAUGGGUGCUGAAAGCGCAUUAUGAACAGGUCCAUAAUAGUACGAUAGUGGCCGAAGAGGUGGAACAAUUUGCGGAGAAGUUACGCAGAGCUUUGGAAGAAGAUGAUCAGAAAGAAGGUAGUGAUCAACAAAGUGAAACGUCUAAGAAACGUCCUCGAACUGACGAAUCUGGCCCAGAUGCUGAUGAAGUGAAACGUGUAAAAGAAGAAGGAGGCUCGAGUUCGUCAGGCUCCACGCCUCGACCUUCAACAUCUAAGGAAACACCAGAACUCAGUAGCCAAUUGGCAAUGAUGGGCAUGAUGGGUUUUCCAUUCAUGCCCAACCCAUUCAUGCCCAUUAUGAACCCAGAUUUUUUUGCCAAUCCUUUGCUGGGUGUUCAGCCUAAUCCAUCGGUUAUGACGCACGCACUGCCAAGUUCAUCGCCAACAAAAAGGGCACGAACACGUAUAACCGACGACCAGCUGAAGAUUUUGCGACAAUAUUUUGAUAUCAACAAUUCACCAAGUGAACAGCAAAUUAAAGAGAUGUCUGUUAAGGCGCAACUCCCUGAAAAAGUCAUUAAGCACUGGUUUCGCAAUACUCUUUUCAAGGAACGGCAGCGAGACAAGGAUUCACCCUACAAUUUUAGCGUUCCACCACAGAUGAGUAUUGAUCUGGACACUUAUGAAAAAACAGGAGAAACUAAAAUUACGUCGCUGAAAACUGAGUUUUUGAAUGUUGUUUUAAAGGCAACAGUAAGUGAUGAUACAAAGGCGGCAUCCGCAACAAAAAGCCAACCAAUCGAAAGUGCAUCAAUGGUGAGCAAAGUGAACAGUCCCGUUCUCCCUGGUACGAGUCAACUUGCAACCGUUCCUAACGCUCAAGUACCUUCUAACCCAUUUGCAUCGUUUCUCCAUGACGACAAAGCCAUCUCAUCCCUUCUUCAAGGUAUACCGCAAUCCAACUCUGUGUCUGGACGUCGCGCUAACAGAACACGAUUCACGGAUUAUCAACUGCGCACAUUGCAACAAUUCUUCGACAAGCAAGCCUACCCCAAGGACGAUGAUCUCGAGGUGCUGUCCAAAAAGUUGCAGUUAAGCCCUCGUGUCAUCGUAGUCUGGUUUCAGAAUGCUCGGCAGAAGGCUCGUAAAAUAUAUGAGAAUCAGCCGUCGUCUGCCAGUGACGAUCGCUUCAUGAAAACGCCUGGUAGCAAUUUCCAGUGUAAACGAUGUCAGCUCGUCUUUCAGCGCUACUAUGAACUCAUUCAACACCAACAAAAAUUAUGCUAUAAAGAUGACUGUUUAGCGCAGCAAAAAGACAACAAGGGUGUUGAAGAGAAUCUAAGUGAGGAUGAAAAAUCGAUUCUGGAAUCUGAAAGUGGUAUCGCAACGUCAGCUCAAAGUGGAAGUGCACAAUCGUCGUCAAAUCUGAGUGGCGCAUUAGCACAACUCAUUGGAGCUGCUUCUUCUGAAACGGGUACAGAUCUCAAUCAAACAGAAUUCCUCAAGUUGCUCGCCUCCGCAAAAACAACUCAGGAUAAUACACUGAAGCUGAAAGUACGUGACAAGAAGAAGGCCUUCUACAAGCGUUGUCCUUUCUGUUGCGUGUUAUUCCAUUCGCGCGAUUCACUAUUGGCUCAUAUACCAGCGCGCCAUCCUGAACAAGCCAACAGUGCCCCGGUCAAUGUGGACCUACUUCCUGAUGCUGAGGAUGUACCAACAAUAACCACUACUCCUAAUGAAGACCCAAUGAACAUUUUGGAUGCUUCGAAACUCAAUGGAUCAUCAACUAAAACCGAAAUUACACCGUUGGAUCUCAGUUGUUCUGCCAACGGAGACGGCCGUGAAGGCUCGAUUUCGAUGUCGCCGACCUAUUAUCAAUCUGAUAAUGAUGAUAACAGUGAUAACGUGGAGACUUGUGAGCAGUACAACAGUUCAUCGCCAGGCACUACGUCCGGCAACGCUCAGGGUGGCAUUCAGCGUAAUGCAUCUAAUUCGAAACGAUAUCGCACUCAUCUAACACCCCUCCAAGUUCAUGUGAUGAAAAGUGUUUUUACUGACUACAAGACUCCAUCGAUGAGCGAAUGUGAUAUGCUAGGUGCUGAAAUAGGGCUUCAUAAACGUGUUGUUCAAGUAUGGUUUCAAAAUGCUCGAGCAAAAGAGCGAAAAACGAGAGCUUAUAACGGGGAAGAUGAAAUGUUACGAUGUACCGCAACACGAUGUGCCAUUUGUGGUGUUGAUUACAACCAUCGAUUGACGCUACACGAUCAUAUAUUCACUGCUGAUCAUUUGGCGAAAGUCAAAAAAUUACUUCGCACAGAUACGACAGCACAGCAAACGGAGACAAAUCGCAUUGAAACAUCAUUCAACUCAGAAAACAGCACUGAUAAGGAAGACAAUCAUCGAAUCAGGCUCGUUUCCGUGCUUUUUAGUUUGCAUUUCAUAUACGAGAUGAAGGCUGUACGCGAUCGUAAGAUUGUCAAGGGAUCUGGUAUCAGUCUACAAAAUGCAGCUGCUAAUCCGCUCUCUCAGUUCCCUUACAAUUUUAUGUAUGGAUUGCAGUCAGGUAUGCCACCGAUGAUCUACGAUCCGAACGUAAUGGGUACUCCAAUUCCAAUGCUACAAAUCCCAGAGAGUGUUAUGACAAAGAUAACGGCCGAUAUGAGUGCCGGUCACGAAUCGAGUAAAUUCACGCAAGAUGGCAAGACCUUUCAGCAGCUGAUUGCUGUACUACCGUUACGUGAUUUCCAGUGUGCGGGUAGCAAGGACAGUGAGGUUGGAUGGGCAUGUCCACAGUGUACGAAUGUAUUUCAACAAGAGAUAUUGCUCAAAAAUCAUCAGCGUAUUAUAUGCCAAAAUUGUGACUCCGUCUUCAAACUCAUUCAAACACAUUACGAAUGUCGAGCAUGUAACACCAAACUUGGCACACAGGCCGAAUUCAAAACUCAUUGCGAUGGUGUUGAUCAUCAGAAAGCGCGUGAGGUGUUUCUGGGUCAUGCAGUUUAG